AUGGCCUCUAAAGUGUAUUCGGAAGAACAGCUUAACUACUUCCGGGUUUGUUACAUAGCCACUGACAUACUACCCCCAGCUUUACGAUUACUGUUCAAGCAGGAAUGGGACAAUCGUUACAAGACAACAGUUGGUGAAUGGAACGACACGCCUCAAAAUGGCCUGGACUUUAAAAACGGUGAGUCUGCAGAUAAUCAAUCAAGAAAUGCCGAACAGUUACUCACAAUGGUAAAUGGAAACAGGGCGCAGUGGGAUUGUACUAUGCUAUUUUAUGCCAUCCUGCAUUCUGAUUCUAUCAGACCUCGACUGAGUAAACUGAUCAGAAAAAACGUUCAUAAACUCAGAGAGUUUCGAAAUAAAUUCUACGCUCACAGGACAGAAGGUCAGUUCUCAAAUGCAGACUUCAAAACCACCGUGGCAAAAGUGGAGAAAGCAUUCCGAGCUCUUGGCCUAUCUACUGUUGAAAUCCAAACAGUAAGUAAGCAGAAAAGUUUUCCAACCGAUGAGUUGCAAAAUGUGAAGACAAGUAAUCAGAAACUUACUCAAGACCUUGAGACGAAAGAGGCGGAACUUCAAGAGAACAAAGACAGGCUAAAAACUUCUGAAGAACAAAGCAAGGUGUUUGAAGAGCAACUACAGCGCGAAGUAGAGCCAUUUUGCGUCCUUCCACCCAAACCUCCCCAUGUGAUCGCAAAUCGCGAUUUCCACGUUGAGAACGUAACACAGAAGCUGUUAAACUUAAGGAAGGCUAACGAGAACGCUUUAAGUUAUUGUUAUAUUUCAGGCAAUCCUGGGAGUGGCAAAUCCCAGCUGGCUGGACUAGUUGGUGAGAAAUACUACAAAGAAGCCAGCAAAGACACAAAUGCUCCGUCAUUUGUAAUGACCUUAAGUGCUGAAAACCCAGAAGCGCUUUUAACAUCAUACCUGUCACUGGCAAGAAAAAUGCACUGCCCCGAGUUUACUAUGAAUACCACCGAAAACUCCAAGGAUCUAAAUGAUGAACGGAAAAUAGCCAUUAUCAAAGAUUUAAUUGCGACAAAAAUUCACCUUUACUCAUCUUGGCUCUUAGUGAUUGACAAUGUCACAAAUCUUCCUUGGAUAGGUCAGUUUCUUCCUGAGCGUGGAAAUGAGCAGUGGGGCAAAGGCCAGCUGCUAAUCACAACGCAAGAUUGUACCUGUAUGCCUCCAGAUAGUUCCUUCAUAAGCAAAGGCAUGGAGCCUGCUGAUGCUAUUUGCCUUCUAACCGAGCUCUCUGGAAUCACUGACAAUGACAUGGGAAAAAACGUAGCCCACGCAUUGGAUUACCAGCCACUUGCACUAGCCAGCGCAGGAGUGUACGUGAGAAAGGUGCGAAAUACCAAUCCAAACUUUGGCUGGGAGGGGUACUUAGAAAAACUAGAGAAAGGCAAACGUGAACUCACUGAAAAGGAACUUGUCAAUGUAAACAAUAUCUACCCAAACUCUAUGACUUUAGCGACCAAGAUAGCUCUUGAAACGGUAAUGGAUUCUGAUGAAAUAAUGAAGCACGCUUUUACUUUUCUUGCAUUUUGUGCACCAGAGCCACUGAGGUUAGACGUGUUAACCACUUACGUUGUAAGUGCUGAUGAAGAAUUGGAUGAAGAGGAAAUAGGCAUUCAGAUUCAAGGGUCCUCUUUGUUGCUAAUCGAAAAAGAGGAUGAUGUCAACAUUCGUUUGCACAAGGUGGUACACGAUAUUGUCAAGCGUUUAGUUAAAGACCAAAUGGAGGCUAAUGAACGUGCCCGCGUUGCUUGUGUCGCAAUAGGGUCAUGCAGUCAGUAUAUUCAUAAAGCAAUACCAGAGACCCUGCAAAGUCAGGAUUCCGUCGUUGGAAGCAAACACAUUGUUCCACACUUAAAAACUCUAGCUGAAGGAAUUACAAACAUUAUCUCUACUGAAGAGAAAUUCGGUCUCAUCAAAAACACUAUUCUAAAUAUAUACAAUCCUAUAUAUAACUUUGAGACGCUUGCUCAAGUUUGCUGGUUACAUAGCGAAUACGUGUCAGCAAUGAAUUUUUCCAGUGUAGCUUUAAAACUCAUUGAAGACAACACGAUAAGGACAGGGCCUGACCAUGUUGAGCGGUUCGUGCGUAUAUACCAUAUGAUGGGUCUCGUGCAUUGGCACUUGGGUGACUAUCAACAGGCCAAGGAGUAUUAUGAACGUACCCUGUCAAUACAACUGAAUAUGCUCGGACCCGACCAUGUUGACGUCGCGGUUACGUACUAUAACAUGGGCCUCCUACAUAGGGACUUGGGUGACCAUCAUCAGGCCAAGGAGUAUUAUGAACGUGCCUUGUCCAUACGACUGAAUAAGCUUGAAUCCGAUCAUGUUGACGUCGCGCGUACGUACCAUAGCAUGGGUAUCCUACAUAUGGGCUUAAGUGACCAUCGUCAGGCCAAGGAGUAUUAUGAUCGUGCCUUGUCCAUACUACUGAAUAAGCUUGGAUCCGAUCAUGUUGUCGUCGCGUGUACGUACCUUAACAUGGGUAUCCUACAUAGCGACUUGGGUGACCAUCAUCAGGCCAAGGAGUAUUAUGAACGUGCCUUGUCCAUACAACUGAAUAAGCUUGGAUCCGAUCAUGUUGUCGUCGUGCGUACGUACCAUAACAUGGGUAUACUACAUAGCGACUUGGGUGACCAUCAUCAGGCCAAGGAGUAUUAUGAACGUGCCUUGUCCAUACAGCUGAAUAAGCUUGGAUCCGAUCAUGUUGACGUCGCGCGUGCGUACCAUAACAUGGGUAUCCUACAUAUGGGCUUAAGUGACCAUCGUCAGGCCAAGGAGUACUAUGAACGUGCCUUGUCCAUACAACUGAAUAAGCUUGGACCCGACCAUGUUGACGUCGCGUUUACGUACCAUAACAUGGGAAUCCUACAUAGCGACUUGGGUGACCAUCAUCAGGCAAAGGAGUAUUAUGAACGUGCCUUGUGUAUACUACUGAAUAAGCUUGAACCUGAUCAUGCCAAGGUCACGGAAUUGUCCCGUUUAUUAGCUGGUGUGCAACGUGUUUUGGAUUCCCAGCAGCAGGCGCCUGAUCAUCAUGACCUUACACAGUUGAAUCAGCCGCAAGAGCGUGGACCGGAUCAAACUGAUUUCGAAUUUGCUAAUUGCAAGAGGCGUCGCUAA